AUUUCAUAUUUUAACAAUGCCUACUAUUACAGUACCUAAAGUCGAGCUUCUAAGCCGCCUUGGUGGCAAUUUAAGUCUCGAGGAGCUUGAUGAACUAUGCUUCAGCUUCGGUCUUGAGUAUGAAGAGUGCUUGAUUGAUGAAAAGGGAGUCGAGGUCGUUAAGAUUGAGAUUCCUGCUAAUCGUUACGAUCUCUUAUGUCUGGAAGGAUUGGUCACUGCUCUGUUGGCAUACAAGAAUGAUUCAGGAUUUCCCGAGGUUAAAUACAGUGUCGAUACACCUCGUGAUACUGCGUACAUCGAGGCAGUUCCAGAGUCGAAAUUCACAAGACCGUAUAUAUUCGCCGCUUGUUUGCGUGGUGUCAAGUUAACUCAGCAGAGAUAUGACAGCUUGAUUGAAUUACAAACCAAAUUACAUCAGAAUCUAUGUCGUAAGAGGACACUGGCUGCCAUUGGCACUCACGACAUGGACUGUAUAUCGGAGCCGUUGGUAUACUCUUUGGAGAAACCGGAUGAUAUAGUAUUUGCACCUCUCAGCGAUGGUAAUCGUGAAUACUCAGCCUCAGAAUUAAUGCGCAUAUACAGUGAGGGUAACAGUCAUCUUAAGCCAUAUUUGAAGAUCCUUGAAAACUGUGAUCGGUAUCCUGUGCUUCGCGAUUCAAGUGGCAAAGUAUGUUCGUGGCCUCCUAUUACUAACUCGGACGCUACGAAGGUAACACUGGAUACACGCAACAUACUCAUUGAGGUCACUGCUACAGAUCGUGUUAAAGGGAGCAUAUGCUUAAACAUGGUUGUUUAUUGUUUUUCACAGUAUUGUGAGCAUCCUUUUACUGUGGAGCCAUUCUAUACUAAGUACAUCGACAAUACGGUUAUCUCUCCUGACUUAACAGAGCGUGUUCUUCACGGGGAUAUGUCAUACUUCAGGUCACUUGUUGGCGUCCCUUCACUCGAUGGCCAACAGGUUUGUUCACUGCUAAAGCGCAUGAUGGUUAAGGGGCGCCAUUGUCCUGAGACCGACAGCGUCGAGGCCGUAGUGUCUAUAAACCGUCCUGAUAUUCAACAUGCCUGUGACCUUGGCGAGGAUAUUGCUAUAGCAUAUGGAUACAACCGUAUAGCUAAGGAAUCAUUUAAUUGUGGUGGAUUACGUCCACUCACAUACCUAAAGCGUACUGUGCGUGAUGUUCUAUCUAGUUGUGGUUACAAGGAGACUUUGAUGCCUAUUCUCGACUCCCUUGUUAACAUGUACGAUCGCAUGGGUUGGAUAAAACCCGAUAAAUUAGGUUCUAAACGUCCAGUUCUAUUGAAAAAUGCCAAGGUAUCAGAUUUGGAAGCAUGUCGUGUAUCACUGCUGCCUGGUAUACUAAACACCAUAUCUAACCUCAGGAGUGCCAGUUUACCGAUUCAGGUAUUUGAAGUUGGUGAUGUGGUAUGGCAAUCUGAUGAGAGUGAUGUCCAAGCUGUUAAUAAUUGCAAUAUUGCUUGUGGCUAUGCCAACAGCUCAACUGCUGGAUUGGAGGAAGUUCAGGGUGCCUCUGAAACCCUGCUUAACGAAUUAGGCUUCUACAGUGAGUAUCAGCGUUGGGAGCUAGGGGAGUCUAAGAUUCCAAUUCCAGAGAAGUGGCGUCACAUGUAUCGUUUAGAGCCUUUUGAUGACAACGCCUUUAUGCCAGGUCGGUGUGUAAAGCUUGUGAGCUCAGCAGUAUCUGGUGCCACUUUGGGUGUAAUGGGUGUGGUUCACCCUGACGUGGUACAUCGGUUCCACAUAUAUGUCCCAGUGACUGUCCUUGAGCUGGAUUUGAGUUUAAUUAGGUCUAUUUCAUAGUGACGUGCAAUAUCGCCAUGUUAAUAAUGUUAGUGU